UCGCAUGAAGGGUCAGAUGUCAGAGACAAAGACACCCAAGAACAUCUUGAAUCUGGGAGAACUGGUACAUGAAGACCCACCUGGAUCUUUUGCUCGCCACCUCAUGUCUCUGAACCUUCCAACAAAAGACAACAAUUUUUGUGGACGCGAAGUUGAGCUAAGAGAGAUUCAACAAGACAUGAACAACAAGACAGAAGUUUUGCUCCUAACAGGAAUGGGUGGUAUUGGCAAGACCAGCAUUGCUGUAGAGAUGGGGCAUCGCAUGAGUGAAGAAGGUAGAGAUGUUUUGUUUUUGGAUAUGAGGCAGGUUGGAAAGCUUGAUUUGUUUCGGUUAUUACUAGUGCAGCACUAUAAUCUGGAAGAAAUCACCAAUCCUAAUGCCGACCUUCAUAACUUAUUUCAAAAGACUCUUUCUGAUAUUAAAUCAGCAACAGUAGUUAUCUUUGACAACAUUGAUCACUUACUAAGUGAUGAGAAACGGAAAGAGUUCUUGAAAUUAGUUCAGGAUAUGUUGAAAGCAUCAAAGCACUUAGCUUUAGUCUGUACCAGCCGUGAAUCAUUUGACCUCAUGUCAGUGAAAGUGGUUGAAAGACAUAUCCCACCUCUUGAUGAUAGUUCAUCAACUCAGCUCCUUUUCCAACUAACACCUGAGAGGGAAGCAGGGGUAUUGAAAGAAAUAGCUGCUAGAUGUGGACACAGUCCUCUUGCCUUGAAAUUACUAGCAUCUCAAAUUGAAAAUAAAGGAAGUUUGCAAGUACUAGAGGAAAUGAAGGAAAUAGGUGUUUCAGAGGUAGCACAUGAUCAUUUAUUUGAAGGACUGGUGCCAUAUUUUGAAAAAUCUUUACAAACAUUGGCUGAUAGAGAUAAAUAUCUAUUCUUUGGUCUGUACAUAUUUCCUGUGUCAUUUCAUAUUAGUGAGGUUUCAGAAAUUUUUGAAAUAAAUGAGGAUAAAUGUAAAGAAAUCCUUGAUAGCCUCACAUCCAAGUCUGUUGUAAAUAGAGUAAGUGGCCAGGUAUAUGAUCUACAUCCUGUGUUAAAAGCAUUUUCAGAGUACAAAGCAAAUUUCGAUCCUGAUAAAAAGCUGAAGAUAGAAACUGCAUAUUGCAAAUUCUAUGGUGAGAUGGCAACUGUACUGGCAGCAAUGACUGGGCUUAAACUGUCACAGAUUGUAGAAGAAUCAAGAGCAAUCCCCAAACUGCUGUUAGCUGCAAGGCUUUUGCUUAAACAGCUAAGCAAUUAUCAAUUGGAACAAAAUCCAUCAAGCACUACAACAAGCACUACUGCCAUGGACACAUAUAGGUCUACCUAUACUGCUAUCAUACAAAAUGUUUAUUCCAUUGCCAGUGUAUUUAAAGAAUUGCAACUCUUUAGGGAAGCUCAAGAUCUAUCAGAAGAGUGCUCCCAACUGAGCAAAGCAAUGUCUUCCCAAACAGAAAUAUCAGUGCAAGGGUAGCACACAUCCCGUUAUUUGAAGUUCUCUAUGAUUUGAAAAAGUAUUAUAUUGACCUGUUGCAAGAAAAUGCUUGUAAUGCAUGAAGAGCAGUUUGGUACCAAACACGUACACCACCACUGAUGACUCAUACAACAAAAUUGGUGUUGUAAUUAUACGCGGGGUCAUGUCGAUACUCCCCUGCACAGUUACUACCCCACACCGAUACUCCAUCAAUACUGGGAGUACUUAUAGUAUCAUUAUUUUUUUUUUGUACCAGAAAAGUUAUUUGGUAUUUGUUACCACUCUGCAGUUCUUGCAUGUUAAAUGUUUGGUAGCCCUGUGAUAAAUCCAGGGCAGUUUGCUGAAGCAAUCCACUAUUUUGAUAUAAUUAAAAUAAACACUGUCAUCAACAGGUGGGUUUGCAUCAAGUUAAUUAUCCUGUAAAUAGACUCACUGAGGUUCUGCAAAGCUGGAAAGAUUUUUGGUUUAAAAAACAACAACAUUUUCUAACAUUUACAAAGUGCUUUGAUGACUUUCUAAUCCUUACAUAUACAUUUCUAAAGCUUUAUGUACAUUAAUCAGUUCAGUUAGGUUGCAUUUUUAUUAAUACUUUUCAAAGCAUCAUAUGAUAUUGAGUAUUUGAAAUAUGAUUGUAAGUAUUUUUUCAAAGCAUUAUGAUGUGAUGUCUUGUUAUUGUGAUAAUAAAGGGCCAUUCCAUGUUUAUUUCCUCAUCAAUCUUUAAGAUUAGUGUGACUGUAAAAUACUGUUGU